AAAAGAAAAAACCGCGCAAGCCAGUGAAUUCUACGAACUGCAGUACUGCUUUGUCGUCGUUAGAGUGACAAUUUCUUCUUCUAGGGUUUUAGGAACCAAUCUCAGAAGCCUACCUCAACAUGGCUCCCGAUGCUUCAGACGCUCUCGCAGUGAGGCAGAUAGUUCAACAAUUUCUCAACGCCUCUCGUACGGGAAACAUUGAUCUCAUGAAGAAUUUGGCUGCUAGGCUUGAUGAUGGGAAGGGAUUGUCGGGAACUGUGGCUGACAUUAAGGAUGCUAAUAAGCGAGGAGCACUUCAUUUCGCGGCAAGAGAAGGAAAGACUGAGGUCUGCAAGUAUCUGCUAGAGGAAUUGAAGCUCGACGUUGAUACAAGAGAUGAAGAUGGUGAAACGCCACUUAUUCAUGCUGCUCGACAAGGACAUACUGAUACUGCAAGAUACCUAAUUGAGAGUGGUGCUAAUCCUGCUAUAGCAAGUGACUUGGGGGCCACAGCUCUUCAUCAUUCUGCAGGCAUUGGUAAAUUCAUCUUUUAAUCCUUCUUCUUUCUUCUCACGCCCCUACGUGUAGUGGGUUAUAGGAUUCUGUUGCAAGCAUUUUGAUUUGAGUAAGCAGUGGUUCCUAAAUAGAAAAAAGUAUUUGAGUAACAAUAGAGUGUAUUUCUGGAACCUAGUCCUGUCAUUUUACAUCUAAU